CAAGGAGAGCACAGUCACUACCGGUUCGUUCGUACAAGCAGUGGUCAUGGUCAUGUGUAAGUCUUUUCAAGGAGAUUACUAUCUCCCAUAAUAAAGUCAUAUUCACAUAUAAAGUUAAAAACUUUACCAUUGGAUAAUCCAUUCUCUCCAUUUUAUUCCAUUUGUUCUCUCUCUCUCUCUCCCCCGUUCUUUAAUUUCUUCAUUAAUUAUGUUUCAUUUUGUGAAUUCCUGUUAGUGACUUAGACAUAGUCGCUAUUUUUCUAUCGAAAACCCUUGCCCUCAAAAUCUGUCCAAGCUCCAGAUUUUGUUUCACUCAGAAAGCCCACCUUCCAAAUGGCCUCCAACCACCACCAUCUCCACCACCAUCAAAGCCAUCCUCCUUCCAACUACUGUUGUAACAGUAGCUGCUGUUUGAGUUGUACUUCAAACCAUGGAUGCAGCAAUCAAUGGUCUCAAUCCCACUGUAAUCCCCCACCACCACAACCCACAGACCCACUUCUCCAAGCUGUUGCUUCUCAUCUCCUCCAAUCUAAUACAAACCACUCCUACCCAAGACUCUAUACCAAAAAACACACCCAAUUUCAUCACCUAAAACAUCGGCUUCAUGGAGAAGCAUCACUAUCCUCGCAACAACAACAACAACAAACCCAUUCCAUCAUAUCUUCUCUCCUUUCCCGCAUCGAAGCUCUUGAAGCCUCUCUUUUCCAGUUCUCUUCUUCGUUUCGUUCUCAUUCUUCUUCGUAUCCACCACACUCCCUCCAAGACUUGGCAGCUCGUGUUAUUCAAACCCACUUCCGUGCCUUUCUUGUUCGCAGAUCACGCAGUCUUCGGCAGCUCAAAGACCUUGCUCUGAUUAAGUCUGCUUUUAACUCUCUCAAAUCCUCAUUUUCUAACGAAACCCACUUUGAUUUUCGUGCUAUCUCUCGAAAUGCCAUGGAUUUGCUUCUUGAGCUCGACUCUAUUCAGGGUGAUGAUCCAAUGAUUCGGGAUGGGAAAAAGUCUAUUACUAGGGAUUUGGUUCGGUUUUUGGAGUUCAUGGACGGGGUUGCUGUAAAAAGGAAUGGACUUUCCUUAAAAGCAAUGAAGAAAGAGAGGUUUGGUAGAAAUGGUGACAAAUCUAGGGGUUUUUUGGGCAGUGAGUGUGACGAUUUAGAUGGAGACCAGAGGGCAAUAAUUGGGAAAUUGAGGGACAGAGUCAAAAGAAUUCACGGGUUUUCUAAAGUUUCUGAAAAUAACGAGGAACAUGUGGAGCUCGAAGGAUUUCAACAUUUCAGUAAUGAUGAUGAAGAUGAAGAAAACCCUAGAGUUGUUAUAAGCGGAAAGAAUGGACGAAUUAUAGAUGGGGUUUUAGUGAAGAGGCAUGGAGUUCAACCUAGGGUGAAAAAAAGUGUGAGCUUUGCGGAGGAUGGGAAUGUGUUGAAGGUUUUUAGCAACACCCAUGAUUCAAUUUCAAAUGGUGAUGGUACUAGCUUGGAUGACAGCGUUUCCAGUGAUGAUCAAGUAGGAGACUUUGAGGAGAAAAAUUGCAGUGAGGUUGAAGAAAUUAAGAGUCCUUCUCAGGGGAUUGAGGAUGAUGAGGAAGCACAUAUGGAGAAGGGAGAAUUCUCACAGGCCAGUGAUGGGGGAAUAAAACCUAGAACCACAAGGAUUCCAAGAAGAGAAAGUAAAGGCUACUGUCAGGAUAACAACAGUGAUUUUGUAUUCUCUCCCCCAUUACCAGUGCAGAUGGAGACCAAAGCUGACUUAAUGAGGGGGAGAAUGCAAAGGAAUAAAAUUUUUUAAGAUAAGAAGACCAUAGGUCCACGACCUGUGUUUAGGUUUUAGUUCUGCAAUUUUUUGUGGCUGUUGGAUGGAGAUUUAGCGGUUAUCUCGAUGGGCUGGCUCUUUUUUUAAUUGGACAUUCUUAUCUUGAGGUUUGAUUGAUUGAUGAAAAACUACAAUCUCAUUCAUGUAAUGUGGGCUUUCUUAAAUUGUGGUAGUGAUUUUUCCUCUUCUCUUACAUGGAGAGGGUCACGAGUCUAUUGACUGCAAGGUGUAUCUUUGGCUUCUAAGACUAAUGUUCAUUGAAUUUUUUUAUUUUUUUUAUUUUUUUGCUAAAACGACUAAUGUUCAUUGAAUUAUGGCUUCAGCAUAUGUUAUUUUUUUCAAUCUUC